CUUGUGAAAUGUACAUUUCUGAUGUCUAUUUUUAGAUUUUUAUUUCGGUAUCCAAACAUAUCCGAAUUCCAACGUUGUUAUGUGCUCGUUAUGUAGAAUAUUGGAGUACAUAUUUGCGUGUAAAAUUCUAAUUUUGCGGGUAUCCGAUUCUUUAGGUAUCACUGUUUUAAAACAACAAUUUACUAGUAUUUUACUGUACUAAUUUCUGAUGAUUGCCAAAAUUAAAAUUGUGCCAAUGGAUUAUGAGAGUGGCAUCAUGCAAAGUUUAUGAAGUGUAUAAAAAGAAAUGGAAUUAACAAGAGAACAUUUCCGGGCAAUGAUUUUUUAUGAUUUUCGGUCGAAUCUAAGUGUGGAAGAAUGUUCACAACGGCUUAUUUCUGCUUUUGGUGAUGAAGCACCAUCGAAAAAAACAAUUUAUUGGUGUUUCAAUGAAUUUACAUUUGGACGCACUAGUCUCGGAGAUGAAUUUCGGGACGGUCGGCCAUCAACUACUGUUUUUCCAGCUAACAUCGAUGCUCUGCAAGAAAUGAUUGAAAUGAAUCGACAUGUAACAUAUGUUAAAACUCAAUCAUCCUUGGACAUUGAUAACGAAAAUCAGCCUGACACUGCUACUUUCGAAACCAUAAAUCCUUAUGUAUCCAAAAAUCCUGCUGAGGAAACAAAUUCUUCACACAACAAAGAUUCUACUAAAAAUAAUCUUCCUCGAGUUAAAGGAUCUGCGGAUAAGAAUCUUUUGGAAACAAUAAAUAAAUCUAAGACUAAAAAAACCUCUCUAAAGGCCACAAAUAGAAAAUGCCCUAAUCUUGAAGCAGAAAAGAAAUUAGAAGUUCUAAAGAAGUUAGACCAAGGCAUUUCCACGGCGGCAAUAAGCUCACAAUACGGCAUUGAUCCGAGUACCGUUCGAAAGUGGAUAAAAAAACGUCGAAUUAUUGAAAAAUGCAAUGAGAAAGGUGGUAAAACAAAACGGCUUCGAGAAAAUCCAAAUGAAAAGAUGAAUGAAGCCUUAUACAUGUGGUUUCAAUAUAUGAGAGAAAGUGGAUUGCCAGUUUCGGGACGUAUUUUAAAAAAAAAGGCGCUUGAAUUGUAUGGAGAAAUAGGAGGAAGUAUAAAGUUUUGUGCAAGCGAAGGGUGGUUGAGUCGAUGGAAGGGACGAUAUGGUGUUCGCCUUCUACCUGCUUCGGACGAGAAAGUUUCUACUGAUAAGAAGACUCAGGAAGAAUUUAACUUGGAAAUAGUAAAAUGCGAAAGCAUCGAAAGUGAAAUAAAAGUCGAAAUAAUAUGAAAAGCUAGUUUGUUUCCAUGACAAAUUAUUAACGGAGAGGAGACGGAAGUCUGUUUUAAAUUGCCCCCACGAAAGAACACUGCCAGGCGCAGAUGAUAGAUAAUGCGAGUCCAAACGUGCAAGUAGAAGAAGCUCUAAAAGAAUCACAUCCUCUACUCCUAGUUUUCGAAAAGAAUGGAAAAUUGUCUCAGUCCUAUAUGACUAUAUUGAGGAGAGCUCAUAAAAAGUACCUGAAUUUAAAGUACAUAUUACAGAGAAUAUGUGGAUUUUAUGUUUAUUAAAAGUGACUUGGCAAUUUUAUUUUAAGAUAUCAUGGCCAUUUUCUAAUGAAAUGUGUACUUAUU